AUGGCUACUUCAAUAUUAAAAAAACAUGCAGCAACAUUUAAUAUAGAUGAAGAAAAAGAAGUUAAUAAUUUAGUUUCAGUAACAUCAACUCAUUUGUCUAAAAAUUCAGAAGUUCACAAAUUAUUUCAAUUUAUUGCUCCAUUUUUAAAAUUAAUUAAUCACAGAUCAUUUGGAGAAACUUUAAUUUGGAGAGCAGAAGAUAUUAGUAUUAAAAAACAACAAAAAGAAGAAGUGAUAUUUAGAAUUCAUAAUCUUUUUAAAGAGGUAAAAAAAUUGGAUAUAAGAGCAAACUGUCUUGUAACUGACUUAGCUAAAUCAUAUGCAGCAGCUCAUCAUUAUUUGAGAUAUGAAAUGCAUGACAAGACUCUUGUUACUAAAGAUAAUGCAGCUUCAGAUGAUAAUUUAAGACUUCUUAAUAAGAUUAAAGUUACUGUUAAUUGUGAUUCUUUUUAG